AUGGCAGACUACACUUUCCCUCACUCCUCUGAUGGUCAGAAUGUUCCUUUUUCUCUCUUGGAGGAUCAUCAGACUGACACCAUGGAGGGCAGAACCAGGAUUCUGGUGCUACCUGGAGUUGCUGGCAUUUUCACCAUCUCCCACAGACAGAAGGCCAAACCCAGUGAGAGUGACAGAAAGGGAGCGGUUCUCUGCCUGGAGGACAAACCAGUUUCUGUCUGACUGGGGUGUGUCCACCCAACCCUACCCACCUGACACUCUUCCCCACAUCAGCUGCAGCGCUGGCCACUUUGUCAGGUGCAGCUCACCUAUCACCUUCUCCGCUCGUCGAGGUCCUUGAAGAAGAGAAUGCCUCUGCAGUCCACUCUGUCCGGCAGAGGCUCGGGCUCCACCCAGGUCGUGAACACUCAGUGGGAUGGAAAGUCAUACGAGCAGCUCAGGCAGGAGUGUCUUCAGAAGGGGGUCCUGUUUGAGGACCCGGACUUCCCUGCAACCGGCGCCUCACUUUUCUUUAGCCAGAGCGUUCCGGUCCAGAUCGAAUGGAAAAGGCCACCGGAGAUAUGUGACAACCCAAAAUUCAUUGUUGGUGGUGCUGACAGGACUGACAUUUGCCAGGGACAGCUUGGGGACUGUUGGCUCCUAGCAGCUAUUGCCUCUUUGACAAUGAAAAAAGAAGCUCUGGCUCGAGUUGUUCCCCACAACCAGUCCUUUGAUCAUGGAUACGCCGGCAUCUUUCACUUCCAGUUCUGGCAACACAACCAAUGGCUAGAUGUGGUGGUGGACGACAAGCUGCCGACGGUGAGAAACCAGCUCAUCAUGCUUCACUCUGCCUCCUAUGACGAGUUCUGGAGCGCCCUGCUGGAGAAAGCCUACGCCAAAAUUCAUGGCAGCUAUGAGUCCCUGAAAGGCGGCAGCACCAUGGAGGCCAUGGAGGACUUCACUGGUGGAGUUGGAGAAGUGUAUGAAACCAAGAAAGCUCCAGAAGACCUGUUCACAAUCAUGAAAAAGGCCUUGGACAGAGGCUCCCUGAUGGGAUGCUCUAUUGAUAUCACCAGCUCAGCAGAGUCUGAAGCCAAGACCAGCACAGGCCUUGUGAAGGGACACGCUUACUCCAUAACAGGUCUGGAAGAGGUUCAUUUCAGAGGCCAGAAAGUCAAGUUGAUCCGAAUCAGAAACCCAUGGGGUCAGGUGGAGUGGAAUGGCUGCUGGAGUGACAAUUCCAGGGAGUGGGAUUAUGUUGACAAAGCAGAAAAGACACGAAUCCUGCAGAAUGCAGCUGAUGACGGCGAAUUUUGGAUGGAGUUUGAGGACUUCAAGAGGAACUAUGACAAGGUGGAGAUCUGCAACAUGAGCCCUGACGCCCUGGAUGAUGACACCAAACGCAACUGGGAGGUCAACAUUUUCGAGGGCAACUGGAUCCGUGGCUCUACUGCUGGAGGCUGCAGGAACUACAUUGACACGUUUUGGACCAAUCCGCAGUUCAAGCUGGAGCUGGUGGAUGCUGAUGAUGACGAUGAUGUCUGCAGUGUGGUGAUUGCUUUAAUGCAGAAAAACAGACGAAAGCUCAGAAAAGAAGGUCUGGACCUUGAAACAAUCGGCUUUGCAGUGUAUGAGGCUCCAGAGGAGGACGACCAGAUGGGGAAGGAUUUCUUCCGCUACCACCCCUCCAAGGCUCGCAGCAGGACGUAUAUCAACGUGCGGGAGGUGUCGGAGCGCUUUACUCUGCCCCCUGGGAAAUACCUGCUGGUCCCCACCACCUUCCAGCCCCACCAUGAGGCCGACUUCCUCAUCCGCAUCUUCUCAGAGAAAAAGGCAGAUGCCAUAGAAAUGGGCAGCAAUGUGGAUGCAGACCUGCCAGAGCCACCCAUGCCCAGCCCUCCAGAGGAGGAGACAGACGAAGAGAAAGGCCUGAGGAGGCUGUUUGAGCAGUUGGCUGGUUCGGACCAGGCUAUCUGUGUGAGGGAGCUUCAGGAGAUGCUGAACGGUGUUCUCAGUAGACGAAAAGAGAUCAAAUUUGACGGACUGAGUCUCAGCACCUGUCACAGUAUCAUCAACCUGAUGGAUGUGGACAACACAGGCAAGAUGGAGUUCCAGGAGUUUAAGGUCUUUUGGGAUAAAAUGAAGAAAUGGAUUAUGCUCUUCCUGUCCUUCGACACAGACCGGUCAGGAAAGAUGUCUUCAUAUGAGCUCCGUACAGCUCUUAGCGCUGCAGGUAUGCAACUGAACAACAAGAUACUGCAGCUGAUUGGCUUGAGGUUUGCAGAUGACGACUAUGACAUUGACUUUGAUGACUACCUCACCUGCAUUGUCCGCCUGGAGAACAUGUUCAGAGUUUUCCAGGCCAUGGAUAAGUCCAACACAGGAAGAGUAAAAAUGAACAUCAUGCAGUUCCUUAUGUUGUCGAUGAAUGUCUGAGGAAGACGUGGAAGCAGACAGACUCUGGAGGAGGAGCUGAACAUAGUGAUGCAACCCUCUAUUUUACUUUUCACACUGAAGUCUUAUCUGUCCAGUUUACAAGUCAUUGAUUUAAUGAGUAUUGUGAAAUGCUUUCUGCACCAAAGCGAAGAGUAGGUUAAACUUGCUGCCUUUUCUUCAUGAAAUACCUGAAUGCAAUGAAAUUGUUAAUAACAAAUCUAAAUAUUAUAAAUAUGCCUGUUUUUGAUUUGCUUUUUUAUUAAUAACAGGGUUAAAAGGUGCUAUGGUUUUAAAUGUUUUUAGGCUCUAGUUUAGAUUUAGUUUAAUGCCCUCCAGUUACCCAUUUCUGUGUUAUCACCAUUAAUUCCUGUUUUGUUUCCAAGAAACUGUUUCUUUCCCAGUCUUGCCUUAUUAAUCCGUUGUCCCACCUCUUUUGGAUUCUAACUAGCACACCUGCUCUUUAUGUUUCAGUUUCUUUCGUCUUUCGCCUGAGUCAUAGUUUUUUGUGUUGUUCAUUCUACCUUUGCUGCACCAUAGCUUGGAUUUUUGUAAUAAAGAGAUUAUUUCACUGA